AUGAACAUCUGGUCUAUAUCACCCUUGCCUUUACGAGCGAUACCAAGGGUCUCGUGGUCACAUUCCAUACGCUCUCCUUUGCUUGAAGCCCGUCCGGCUCUCCCCAGCGUGUCCCGAAGAUAUCAUGGAGCUGCUAUCGUUCGAGACCAGACGACGCAAUUCUUGAAGAGAUUGGUGGAAGCCAAGGAAAACAAGGAAUUGUCGUUCGGCGAAAUUGCGAAGAGGAUCGGAAGGUCUGAGAUCUGGACAGCUGCGUUGUUUUACGGGCACGCCAAACCUGAACAAGCAGACCUCAAAAAGUUGAGUGAGGUACUCGAUAUUCCUGAACAGGAGUUCAAACGGGGCUUCCCAAAGUCUUUUUUCCCAAUUCGAGGAGUUGGCUUACAGAUGCCACCGAGUGACCCGUUGAUGUAUAGAUUAUACGAAUUCCUCAUCGUCUACGGGUUCCCUUUGAAAUCGAUCAUCCAUGAGAAGUUUGGCGAUGGUAUAAUGUCUGCGAUUGACUGCACAUGCGAAGUUAAGAAAGUGGAGCAAGACAAAGCCGAGAGGGUUGUAAUCACGCUCAAUGGAAAGUGGUUACCUUACAAGCGCUGGUAA